AUGGAGCUGAAGGACUUUUGUCUGACGGACGAUUAUCACUUCCUGAGUCCACAGCGCUUCUUGGACUCGUCUCCUUCCUCGUCAUCCUCCACCGAUGACGCUCGUUCUCCUCCCUCCUCCCUCCUCCAUUCCUCACCCCUCAGUCCCUCCUUCACCCUGGACCCGAUCCCCUCACACCAGGCCUUCCUUCUGCCCAGCCCGGCCUCCUCUUCCUCCUCCUCCUCCUCCUCGCCGUCUUACAGCCACCUCUGCGGAGCGCCUGACCCUGACUCCCCUACGGGAUCUACUUCCAGCGGCGGAAGAGGUGCUGUGGCGUCAGAGGCCUCGGUGCGGUUUGCGGUGUCACAGAUGGACUCGUUCGCAGUGCAGGUGGACUCCAUCCUGAGGGGGGACUACCUGACACCGCUGGGGGCCGUGGGGCUGAAGAGGCUCUGCCUGGUGUGCGGGGACUUUGCCUCUGGAUAUCACUACGGCGUGGCGUCCUGCGAGGCCUGCAAGGCUUUCUUCAAGAGGACCAUCCAAGGUAACAUCGAGUACAGCUGUCCGGUGACCAAUGAGUGUGAGAUCACGAAGCGGAGGAGGAAAGCCUGUCAGGCCUGCCGCUUCCAGAAGUGUCUCCAGGCGGGGAUGAUGAGAGAAGGUGUUCGUAUGGACCGCGUGAGAGGAGGCCGACAGAAGUACAAAAGGCGGGCUGAGCCUGGACUCAGUUUUUACUCAAAGACCCCGUACCCCCUCCCGCUCUGCAGCCGGAACAAAGUGAUUUCACAUUUGCUGCUGACAGAGCCCGCCCCCCUGGCUGCCAAUCAGGACGAAUCGACCAAUGACAGCAGCCUGAGGACCCUGCUGACCCUGUGUGACCUCCUGAACAGAGAGCUGCUGGUCCUGAUUGGCUGGGCCAAACAGAUCCCAGGCUUCUCCGGGCUCUCAUUGGUCGACCAGAUGUCUCUGCUGCAGAGCGGUUGGAUGGAGGCUCUCCUGGUGGGCGUGGCCUGGCGGUCGCAGGGCGCUGCGGGGGAGGAGCUAGUGUUUGCCGGGAACCUUCAGCUGGACGAGGCUCGGUGUCGAGAGACGGGAUUGGCCGAGCUGUACGAGGCGCUGCGUCUCCUGACCGCCAAAUACCAAGGGAUGCACCUGAGCGUGGAGGAGGCCGUGACGCUGAAGGCCGUGGCGCUCGCUAACUCUGACGUGGACCCGUUGGACUGCCCGGACUCGGUGCACAGGUUCCAGGACGAGCUCCACGAGGCCCUGCAGGAGUACGAGGCGUCCCGCAGAGAGCAGCACCGAGCGGGCCGGCUCCUGAUGACGCUGCCCCUGCUGAGACAGACGGCAGACCGGGCCGUUCAGGUCCUCCUGAGGCUGCACCGCCAACGCUGCGUCCCGCUUCACAAGCUGCUGCUGGAGAUGCUCGACGCCAAGGCCUGAACCGGGUCUGACUGAGACUAGGACCAUUAUGAGUCCAGGACUAGGACCAUCAUAAUCAAGACUGUAACCAUCUGAAGGGACUUCACUCAGGGACCAGGAUCUUUAUCCUGCCAGGUGGGACUCAUCAGAUGGAUUCAGAGGCUGCUGACUCAUCAGCUGUUUAUUAUUAUUUACACAUUUUAUUUUGAAAAUCUUGAUGGUGUAUUUUAAACAUGACCUUUGACCCCACAGAAGAUUAGCAUGUAGCAGACUUCCAUUUACAGUGUUUGUGAGAGUAACAUCGAGGUAAACUAACUUUUAAACUCCGCCUACAUCCUUCUUAGAAAGCUGCUGAGCUAUGAUUGGACAAUCACUGUUUGGGGGGCGUGGCUUAAGAAGCAGUUUGUCGUUUUAAUGGCGUCAGCAGGAGGAACAGCGAGCCGCUGGAUGAGCGUGGAGUCGUGGACUCUUGUACAGUUUUUCAUAAAGAUAAUGAAGUAUUUUUAUAAACAAAGAUGUUUAUUUGGAAGUUUUCUGCCCGUUAGUUUGGCUCUCUUUAUUAUUUUAGUCAAAUAUUUUAUUUUUCUACACAAAGAUUGAAACGUGUUCAUGAAGUGAUGACCUCACUUCAGCGGCGUGAGCUGUUUGUUUACAGGACGUGGUUUAAUAAAGUUUCAUGUUAAAAAGAGACAGACUCAACAUGAUGCAUUCACAGGUCGUAGGAAACAUGACAAUCCAGAGGCCAGAGUAAUAAACAUCAUACAGUUAUUAGAUUAAUCCUGUUUUUUAUUUGUAUUUAUGUUGUAAUAUUUUAAUAAAUGUUUUAUAUCUUCA